UGUCAACAGCCAUUUAAAAAUCACAGAAGAAUAAUUACUUUGAGCAGUCGGACGGAGAGGAUAUAAUUUAAUGGUUUUGGAGCUCAACACUGACAAAAUUGCUCAUUUGAAGCCGAAUUGAUUCUUGCAAGGCUGAAAGUUAGUCUUUGGUGGCGUGCAUGUCUGGAAAAAGCGUAUGAGACACUGAUAGCAUUGCACAGACAGCUGGCGGGGAAGAAUGUCUGGAAGUGUUGUGUUAGCUGUUAUCUAGCUAACGUUAGCACUAGCCAACUGACUAGCUAACUAAAUCGUCACAUUCACUGAGCAGGAACUCAUUGCCUUGGGAUUUAUUAGGACUGGAAAUAUAGCUAGCAAGAUAGUCACUUAAAUUAUUACACUUGUCUUGCAACAUUUAAUUCGUGGAAACGCUCGAGCAUCACUGGUGCUUUUUUUGUGGAUACAGGAAGAACUUUCCAAUCCACACGACCAUUGCCUCAAACCUGUAGUUCACGAACAUGAUCAAAUUCAUUUACCGUAUCAAUGCAUGAAAUCAAGAUGAACAGGAAGAAGGACAAGGGAUUUGAGAGCCCGCGGCCUUUUAAAUUAUAAGUAUUUGCUAUUACCUUUGGCUUAGUUAGCUGUGCACACACGUUUGUCCGUAAGUUAUUACUUGGCACAUGAUAUAAUACUGUAGCUAAGUUAUAUCUCAAUGUGUUAACCUGUUAUAUGUCAUGUUUAUUCCUACACGACUCACCAGGUUGUCUGCAUCAACAACAUCAACUUCCAAAGAAAGUCUGUGAUUGUAAGUAUAUCGUAGUAAAUAUACUCAAUAACUAUAGUUCCCCCGCAAGUACCUCAAUAAAAUGCUGUUUCUCAUCACCAUCACUUUGGUUAAAUCUCGGUUGUUGUAUCUGUAGAACCUAGCCGUAGGCUAAAUCUCGGUUGUUGUAUCUGUAGAACCUAGCCGUAGGAUAAAUCUCGGUUGUUGUAUCUAUAGAACCUAGCCGUAGGCUAAAUCCCGGUUGUAUCUGUAGAACCUAGGCGAAUGUCUAAGAACCAAACAUAUUUCUACUAAGAGACAUUGAAAACAACAGCAGAAUUUGGCCAUGUAGAACCACAGUCUAGUUUCUCAUCCUUGUCAACUGACACACCCCUCUAUUUGACAGGGCUAUGUGGAGCUGACCAUCUUUCCAACUGUGGUCAACCUGAACCGGAUCAAGCUCAACAGCAAGCAGUGCAGGAUCUACAGGGUCAGAGUCAACGACCUAGAAGCACCAUUCAUUUACAAUGACCCUACUCUAGAGGUCUGCCACCAUGAGUCCAAGCAGUAAGUGUUGUCCUCAUACACACAUGGUCUAGUAUUCAUGUGUUGAACUUGGGAGGUCAUAACUCACCAUGAAGGAAACAGAAAACAGCAGUUCAUCUUAUCCUCCAAUGCUCUCCUUGCUUCUUUCUGAUGUUUUCAGAAGAAGCAAUGACUAAGAUAUGUGGUUGUUUUAUCUACCUUAGUUGAAUGCACAGUAAGAUAGAUGCUCUGGAUAAGAGUGUCUGCUAAAUUACCUAAAUGUAUGUAAAGUCGAGGGAAGAGGACAGGAAGAAUCAAGGAGAAGACUUGAGAUUCACCCCUGUAUUACACAGCUACUUGCAGUAACUUUUCACCUCUUCCUCUCUCUGCCCUGUCCCUUGCAGGAGGAACCUGAACUAUUUCUCCAGUGCCUACACAGCAGCAGUCAGUGCUGUGGACCCAGACGCAGGACACGGGGAACUGGUCAUCAAAGUGCCCUCUGAGCUGUGGAAGCAAGGAGACGGUAAUACAGAACUUCAUCUUGUUCAAGUGAAAUGUUGUCUCUAAAUUGGGUUAAUCUACAUUAUGACCUUCGGUGAAUGACUGACCUCUGUUGCAUCUGACAGUGGUUCUUGGGUCUGUAGUUUGAAUAUAAAGGUUCAAGGCAUAUUCUGAUAGCCUGGCUGGUCCCAGAUCUGUUUAUAUGGCACAAACACACCUGGGACCAGGCUAAUGUUCUGCAAUGCUCUUACCUUAAUGCAUAGCAUCGGAAGCUUAAAGUAUUGUUUAUGUACAAUUUAACUUACUGCCCUCUAAUAAUUGACUGUUUCUAUUUCUUGUCUCCAGAGAUGAAUGUGCUGAAGGUGUACAUAGAGUUCUCUCUAGACCAGCCUAAAGGAGGCCUUCACUUUGUGGUGCCUGACGUAGAGGGGAGCAUGGCUGAGAGAGGAGCACACGUCUUCUCCUUCGGAUACCAGAACUCCACAAGGUGAGGAGGGAGACAUUGAUGGAUGUCAUAUUGAGGCAUUUAUUCACUGUGCUGUCUAGGCUGGCCUAGUCUCUCUCUCUCUCGCUCUCUCUCGCUCUCUCUCUCUCUCUCUCUCUCUCUCUCUCUCUCUCUCUCUCUCUCUCUCUCUCUCUCUCUCUCUCUCUCUCUCUCAUAUUCACUUACUUACUUUCAUAUAAUACGAUCAGAUAUGUUAUCACAAGCCUCAUCCCUCCUUGCUACUUGACUACCUACACUGUUGUCCACCUGUCUUCCUCUCCCAGGUUCUGGUUCCCCUGUGUGGACUCGUACUCUGAGCUGUGCACCUGGAAGCUGGAGUUCACAGUGGAUGCCUCUAUGGUGGCUGUGUCCUGUGGGGACUUGGUAGAGACUGUCUACACCCAUGACAUGAGGAAGAAGACCUUCCACUAUGUCCUCCCCAUCCCCACCGCGGCCCCCAACAUCUCACUGUCUGUCGGGCCCUUUGAGAUCCUGGUUGACCCCUACAUGCAUGAGGUACUGUGUGUGGAAAAGCAUUGCAUAGAAAUCCAGCAUUACCAAUCACAAUGUGUUCUGGAAGGAGAAUGUGUUUAGUAUAAGCCCAUAGAGUAGUGUGCUCUGUAAGGAGAAUGUAUUUAGUAGAAGCCCAUAGAGUAGUGUGUUCUGAAAGGAGAAUGUAUUUAGUAGAAGCCCAUAGAGUAGUGUGCUCUGUAAGGAGAAUGUAUUUAGUAGAAGCCCAUAGAGUAGUGUGUUCUGAAAGGAGAAUGUAUUUAGUAGAAGCCCAUAGAGUAGUGUGCUCUGUAAGGAGAAUGUAUUUAGUAGAAGCCCAUAGAGUAGUGUGCUCUGUAAGGAGAAUGUAUUUAGUAGAAGCCCAUAGAGUAGUGUGCUCUGUAAGGAGAAUGUAUUUAGUAGAAUCCCGUAGAGUAGGGGUUCUUAAACUUAUUUAGCCUGGGACCCAAAUUAGAAAUUCUGUGUUUUCCUGGGACCCAAGCUUAUGAAAAUAUGCAACUAUAUGUAAAUAUUGGUACAUUUCAUUGCCCUUAUGCCUAAAACAAAUGCAAUAUAGACAAAAACAAAUAACAAUGAAAUACCCAUAUAAAUAAAUAGCUGUUCAUGUUUAUUUUCCCCCCUUUAAAAACACCCUUACAUAUAUGUCUAGGUUGGAACUGUUGCUGUUAAAAUGCAAGAAAUCAUUUUCAUUCUGAACUGGAAUAAACUGAUCACAUCACACAGAUGUGUAACAGAACACAGGCUGAGUUUUUGAUAGUGCAACCUUAAGUUACAGUAGGGAUGAAAGAUGAUCAGGCCUACUGUACAUAUUACUGUAGAAAGUAUUGUUGAAAAAAGUCUACGUUGGAUCUGUUGCUGUUAAAAUACAAUCAAUAUUUUUUAUUCUGAACUGGAAUAAACUGAUUGAUCAAAUCACACAGGUUGAAGUUUUCUACAAGCAUGUCUAUUCUGAGCUCAGUUGUUGACAGUGCAACACGGAGGUCAAGCUCAGCGUUGAGUCUGUUUCCGUACUUGUUUUUUAAGUACGCCAGAGUUGAGAACCCUGACUGGCAUUGGUAUGUGGUGCCAAACUGGAUCAGAACAUCUACUGCUUCCUGCUGUAGAUGAGCAACCCAGAACUGUGUGAGUGUUUGCCUCAAAAAACACCUUGCUUCAAUCAGUUUAUUCCAGUUCAGAAUAAAAAUUUUGGACUUGUAUUUGAACAGCAACAGUUCCGAUCUAGACUUGUUUUCAACAAUAAUUUCUACAUUAAGAUGUACAGGAGGUCUGAUCAUUUUAAAUAUUUUCUCUACUGUUACUUAGGGUUGCGCUAUCAGUAGCUAGCUAGCUUGCUUUGGCUAACGUUAGCUAUUAGCUGUGUACAAGGCCAGGGGAUUGUUUGAAAGAGAAACUCACAUCUACUACUAUGAGAGAUAGUACUCCCUUAUUUCUGCUUAUCAUCACCUGUUAUAAAAUGACAACAAUGUCUUGCUAGCUGACUUACUUUUCCACUGUCGAAGCACAGUUUCCUGAAGCAUUGUGCCCUGUUCUGAAAGAACUCCCUGGGUUUACCGUCAUGCUGUGGAUGUUUGGUCAGGACGUGUCGUUUUAUUAAUUACAGUGAGGGAAAAAAGUAUUUGAUCCCCUGCUGAUUUUGUACGUUUGCCAACUGACAAAGAAAUGAUCAGUCUAUACUUUUAAUGGUAGGUUUAUUUGAACAGUGAGAGACAGGAUAACAACAAACAAAUCCAGAAAAACGCAUGUCAAAAAUGUUAUAAAUUGAUUAGCAUUUUAAUGAGGGAAAUAAGUAUUUGACCCCCUCUCAAUCAGAAAGAUUUCUGGCUCCCAGGUGUCUUUUAUAUAGGUAACGAGCUGAGAUUAGGAGCACAUUCUUAAAGGGAGUGCUCCUAAUCUCAGCUUGUUACCUGUAUAAAAGACACCUGUCCACAGAAGCAAUCAAUCAAUCAGAUUCCAAACUCUCCACCAUGGCCAAGACCAAAGAGCUCUCCAAGGAUGUCAGGGACAAGAUUGUAGACCUACACAAGGCUGGAAUGGGCUACAAGACCAUCGCCAAGCAGCUUGGUGAGAAGGUGACAACAGUUGGUGUGAUUAUUCACAAAUGGAAGAAACACAAAAGAACUGUCAAUCUCCCUCGGCCUGAGGCUCCAUGCAAGAUCUCACCUCGUGGAGUUGCAAUGAUCAUGAGAACGGUGAGGAAUCAGCCCAGAACAACACGGGAAGAUCUUGUCAAUUAUCUCAAGGCAGCUGGGACCAUAGUCACCAAGAAAAUAAUUGAUAACACACCAUACCGUGAACGACUGAAAUCCUGCAGCGCCCGCAAGGUCCCCCUGUUCAAGAAAGCACAUAUACAUGCCCGUCUAAAGUUUGCCAAUGAACAUCUGAAUGAUUCAGAGGAGAACUGGGUGAAAGUGUUGUGGUCAGAUGAGACCAAAAUGGAGCUCUUUGGCAUCAACUCAACUCGCCGUGUUUGGAGGAGGAGGAAUGCUGCCUAUGACCCCAAGAACACCAUCCCCACCGUCAAACAUGGAGGUGGAAACAUUAUGCUUUGGGAGUGUUUUUCUGCUAACGGGACAGGACAACUUCACCGCAUCAAAGGGACGAUGGACGGGGCCAUGUACCGUCAAAUCUUGGGUGAGAACCUCCAUCCCUCAGCCAGGGCAUUGAAAAUGGGUCGUGGAUGGGUAUUCCAGCAUGACAAUGACCCAAAACACACGGCCAAGGCAACAAAGGAGUGGCUCAAGAAGAAGCACAUUAAGGUCCUGGAGUGGCCUAGCCAGUCUCCAGACCUUAAUCCCAUAGAAAAUCUGUGGAGGGAGCUGAAGGUUUGAGUUGCCAAACGUCAGCCUCGAAACCUUAAUGACUUGGAGAAGAUCUGCAAAGAGGAGUGGGACAAAAUCCCUCCUGAGAUGUGUGCAAACCUGGUGGCCAACUACAAGAAACUUCUGACCUCUGUGAUUGCCAACAAGGGUUUUGCCACCAAGUACUAAGUUAUGUUUUGCAGAAUACUUAUUUCCCUCAUUAAAAUGCAAAUCAAUUUAUAACAUUUUUGACAUGCGUUUUUCUGGAUUUUUUUUGUUGUUAUUCUGACUCUCACUGUUCAAAUAAACCUACCGUUAAAAAUUAUAGACUGAUCAUUUCUUUGUCAGUGGGCAAACUUACAAAAUCAGCAGGGGAUCAAAUACUUUUUUCCCUCACUGUAGUUUGUUUUGAGAGACUCGUUACUAAGCACUUCCCGCACAAAACACAUUGUGGGCACUCCUCCUUAUUUCUCAACAUUUGUAUGAAACCAAGAGAGAGAAACUAAUCGCUGUGUUUGCGUUUCAUGACGAUUGAGCUCAGUCAGAACUUGUGGCUAGUUUGAGUCAAUUCGAUGACAGUGGUAAGUGAUGGCGAGUGGGAAUGACAAGUCAGUGGCUGACAGCGCAUCAUCUGCUGCUGAACGACAACGCUGCAGCGUGUGGGACGCGGAGUGAUCUACAGGAAAACUGCAGAAAAAAAUAUCUGGUAAACAGCGAAGCACACGGGCGUCUCCCACUCGCACAGCUGCCAAACUGAUCUGAGACCGCUGCUAAGCAGAGAGCACAGCACACUGAUCAGUGAGCGCAGUUGCACUUGGCCAAAUCAAUUCCAGUAAUCAAUUAAAUAAUUAUACAUUUACUCUGACACGUUGCGACCCACCGUUAACCGGGUCGCGACCCAUACUUUAAGAAAGGCUGCCAGAGAGAGUAGAGGCAGGCAACCAUGUAAUGUAAAAUAUGUUGACAUAUACACUGAGUGUACAAAACGUUAGGAACACCUUCGUCGGGGCAUGGACUCUACAAGGUGUCGAAAGCGUUCCACAAGGAUGCUGGCCCAUGUUGACUCCAAUGCUUCCCACAGUUGUGUCAAGUUGGCUGGAUGUCCUUUGGGUGAUGGACCAUUCUUGAUACACACAGGAAACUGUUGAGCGUGAAAAACCCAGCAGCGUUGCAGUUCUUGACACAAACCGGUGCGCCUGGCACCUACUACCUUACCCUGUUCAAAGACACUUAAAUAUUUUGUCUGGCCCAUUCACCCUCUGAAUGGCACAUACAAUUGUCUCAAGGCUUAAAAAUCAUUUUUUAACCUGUCUCCUCCCCUUCAUCUACACUGAUUUGAAGUGGAUUGAACAAGUGACAUCAAUAAGAGAUCAUAGCUUUCACCUGGAUUCACCUGGUCAGUCUGUCAUGGAAAGAGCAGGUGUUCCUAAUGUUUUGUCCACUCAGUGUAUAUUUAAGCAGGUUUCCUUUCCACCUACGACCACUAGGUGGAGUAUGACUGUUAUUGUGAAUCAGUCUUAAGAACCCAAUGUGCUAUGUUGACAUAUUGUCGAAGAUGGUUCUCUUCAAAUAUACUUUUGAUAGAAUAGAAUACAACAGAACAGAAUAAGUGUAUUUUUCCUAGAGGGAACUUCUGUACUGUUGCUGUACUGACACUUUAAAUAUAGUUUUAUUUUUAUUUUUCCAGGUGACCCACUUCUGUUUGCCCCAGCUCCUGCCCCUGUUGAAACACUCCAUGUCGUACCUGCAUGAGAUCUUUGAGUUCUACGAGGAGAUCCUGACCUGUCGAUACCCCUACUCCUGCUUCAAGACUGUGUUUGUGGACGAGGCCUACGUCCAGGUGUCUUCGUACGCUUCUAUGAGCAUCUUCAGGUGGCUACAGUCUGACUUGUCUAGUCCUAAUACCGUUCUUUUGUGGCUUUGCACAUUUUAGUUUAGAACAAUGUUUCACAACAUUUAAAUAUCACAUUGUAUUGUGGAAACUUCUUGCUGUUUGUUUUAACAUUUCCAUUUUCCAUACGUUUGUCAUGGAAAAUACCUAAAUUGGUAGGUCAAUUAAAUUCAGAUUUAUUACGUCAACAUUGAUGCUGUUUAGAUAAGACAUGCACCUCAGGAGCUUUUGCAGUUUCCCAAAGAACAGCUCUCCUCAUCCGUUCAUUUCUCUCUUUCAGUUUUCAUAAUGCUGAGUUGUUUUGGCACAAGUCAAACUUUACCUCUCUCUUUACUCUCCCCCCUCUCUCUCUGCCCUCUCUCUCUCCCCUCUCUCUCCCCUCUCUCCGCCCAUUCUCUCUCUUCCUCUCCUCUGCCCUCUCUCCUCUCUCUCUUUACUCUCCCCUCUCUCUCUCCCCUCUCUCCGCCCAUUCUCUCUCUUCCUCUCUCUCCUCAGUACUAAUCUGCUGCACAGUGCCAUGAUCAUAGACCAGACCCCCCUGACCAGACGGUGUUUAGCUCAGGCCCUGGCACAGCAGUUCUUUGGCUGCUUCAUCUCCAGGAUGUCAUGGUGAGUAGUGGACUGAGUAAUACCAGACAGAAUAUAGUGGAGUUGUGGAGAGAUCUACAGAGACCACACACACAUUUACACACAUUUACACACACACACACUCACAUACAUUCACUCACACACACAUUUACACACACACACACACAUUCACUCACACACACAUUUACACACACACACACACUCACUCACACACACAUACUCACUCACAUUCACUCACACACAUUCACCACACACUCACACACAUUCACACACACUCACACACAUUCACACACACACACACACAUUCACACACGUCAAACGUGAAAAUCACUCCUGGUUCAACCUUGGAGGUUGUCAGUGGUUUAGAGAUUGUCAGUGGUUUGGAUGUUGUUGGUGGUUUGGAGCUUGUCGGUGGUAUUUUGAUUUGUUGUUUCAUAAGAACAGAGUGGUAACUGUGGGUUCCUAUCCAGAUUUCUACCUUGGAGUACAGAGAGAUUAUUGAAAUUAUAUUUUGUCAUCAUAUUUAUUACCAGGCAGAAAUUGAGCAAAGCUUUGGCCUAGCUGAGAGAAUCUCAGCAUGAUAAAUCUGUGCAUUAGUGUUUGGCAACGUUUCUACAGCCAAGGUGUGUGUGUGUGUGUGUGUGGGGCCCUUGGCAAUAGUGCGGCUGUUGUCAGUUGGGGAGGCUGAGGUUUCACGACGGCUUCAAAGGAUCACUGCAAACAAUGGACCCCCCUGUCUUAUUAAGUGUUUAAAACUAAGUCAGAUGUGGAAGCUUGACUUACUCUUAUUUAUUUGGCUUGUAUAAGCCACAGUUGUGUAAGAGCACAGAGAAAUCAAACAGACAUUUCUCUUUUGAUAUGAAGACCCGUCACCUGCUUGCAAUUAAUUGUGUGGUUUAAUUUCUGUUCAAGCCUGUAAUUGAAGUCAGCUUGUUUUAUGAAACUGAGCUCAUGUUCAGCUUGUAGAGGUUUAGCACUUUCUGUGUGUUACAGCUUUACACAUGAUUUCAUCUCUUAGUUGGGUCACUUCAUGAAGCUACGGCCAGUAUUCAUUAAAUUACUCUCAGAAUUAAAAACCACCUACUACAGCCAGUAUUCAUUAAAUUACUCUCAGAAUUAAAAACCACCUAGGUUGAAUAAAGUAUCUUGUUUCUUUUUUUAUGUGCAAUAAAUGGUAAGUUAGUAAACGUGUGCCAAACUGGUUAAACGUCAUUACAUUCAGGUGUUCUGCCAGCAUGCCUGCUUUUUAUACAAACUGUUGUUAUGUCCUGUACAAGAUCAGCUUACAAACUGUUGUUAUGUCCUGUACAAGAUCAGCUUACAAACUGUUGUUAUGUCCUGUACAAGAUCAGCUUACAAACUGUUGUUAUGUCCUGUACAAGAUCAGCUUACAAACUGUUGUUAUGUCCUGUACAAGAUCAGCUUACAAACUGUUGUUAUGUCCUGUACAAGAUCAGCUUACAAACUGUUAUGUCCUGUACAAGAUCAGCUUACAAACUGUUGUUAUGUCCUGUACAAGAUCAGCUUACAAACUGUUAUGUCCUGUAAACUUACAAACUGUUAUGUCCUGUACAAGAUCAGCUUACAAACUGUUGUUAUGUCCUGUACAAGAUCAGCUUACAAACUGUUGUUAUGUCCUGAACAAGAUCAGCUUACAAACUGUUGUUAUGUCCUGUACAAGAUCAGCUUACAAACUGUUGUUAUGUCCUGAACAACAUUUCCUUAUAUGUUGCCUGUCUGGUUGCCUUACCUGUUGUCUGGCUGGUUGCCUUACCUAUUGUCUGGCUGGUUGCCUUACCUGUUGUCUGGCUGGUUGCCUUACCUGUUGUCUGGCUGGUUGCCUUACCUGUUGUCUUGCUGGUUGCCUUACCUGUUGUCUGGCUGGUUGCCUUACCUAUUGUCUGGCUGGUUGCCUUACCUAUUGUCUGGCUGGUUGCCUUACCUGUUGUCUGGCUGGUUGCCUUACCUGUUGUCUGGCUGGUUGCCUUACCUGUUGUCUGGCUGGUUGCCUUACCUGUUGUCUGGCUGGUUGCCUUACCUAUUGUCUGGCUGGUUGCCUUACCUGUUGUCUGGCUGGUUGCCUUACCUGUUGUCUUGCUGGUUGCCUUACCUGUUGUCUGGCUGGUUGCCUUACCUGUUGUCUGGCUGGUUGCCUUACCUGUUGUCUGGCUGGUUGCCUUACCUGUUGCCUGGUUGGUUGCCUCACCUGCUGUCUGGCUGGUUGCCUCACCUGUUGCCUGGCUGGUUGCCUCACCUGUUGCCUGGCUGGUUGCCUCACCUGUUGCCUGGCUGGUUGCCUCAACUGUUGCCUGGCUGGUUGCCUCCUUCUGUUGUCUGGCUGGUUGCCUCCAACUGUUGUCUGGCUGGUUGCCUCAACUGUUGCCUGGCUGGUUGCCUCCUUCUGUUGUCUGGCUGGUUGCCUCCAACUGUUGCCUGGCUGGUUGCCUCACCUGUUGCCUGGCUGGUUGCCUCACCUGUUGCCUGGCUGGUUGCCUCACCUGUUGCCUGGCUGGUUGCCUCAACUCUUGCCUGGCUGGUUGCCUCCAACUGUUGUCUGGCUGGUUGCCUCCAACUGUUGUCUGGCUGGUUGCCUCCAACUGUUGUCUGGCUGGUUGCCUCCAACUGUUGCCUGGCUGGUUGCCUCACUGUUGUCUGGCUGGUUGCCUCAACUGUUGCUGGCUGGUUGCCUCCAACUGUUGUCUGGCUGGUUGCCUCCAACUGUUGUCUGGCUGGUUGCCUCCAACUGUUGUCUGGCUGGUUGCCUCCAACUGUUGCCUGGCUGGUUGCCUCCUUCUGUUGCUGGCUGGUUGCCUCCCUGUUGCCUGGCUGGUUGCCUCACUGUUGUCUGGCUGGUUGCCUCACUGUUGUCUGGCUGGUUGCCUCCUGUUGUCUGGUGUUGCCUCCAACUGUGCUGCUGGUUGCUACUGUGCCUGGCUGGUUGCCUACCUGCACCUGGCUGUUGCUACCUGAGUGGCUGGUAGCCCGAUGAGCUGGGGUGCCUCACUGCGGCUGGAUUGCUACUGGCCGUACUUGCUAUGUCUGUAGGGUGAGAUGGGGAUCUGGGGUACCUGAAGAAGACCUUUGGAGUGAACCAGUACCGCCACUGGAUCAAAGAGGUAUGGAGUGAACCAGUACUGCCGCUGGACAAAAGAGGUAGGGAGAGAACCAGUACCGCCACUGGAUUAAAGAUGUAGGGAGUGGACCAGCACCGCCUCUGGAUUAAAGAGCUUUGACCAGUACCACCACUGGAUUAAAGAGGUAGGGAGUGAACCAGUACCUCCACUGGAUUAAAGAGGUAGGGAGUGAACCAGUACCUCCACUGGAUUAAAGAGGUAGGGAGAGAACCAGUACCUCCACUGGAUUAAAGAGGUAGGGAGAGAACCAGUACCGCCACUGGAUUAAAAAUGUAGGGAGUGGAGCAGUACCGCCUCUGGAUUAAAGAGCUAGGACUAGUACUGCCACUGGAUUUAAGAGGUAGGGAGUGAACCAGUACCUCCACUGGAUCAAAGGUAAUAUAUACAUUGCGAGAUGCAGGUUACCUAAACAUAUGAGCAUGCUUCUGCCUGCCCCUCCUCUCUCCCUCGCGUUGGCCUGCCUGCUCCUACUCCUUGCUAAUGAUGCAAGUGUGUGUACAGUCUAAGGUCUGUUUCGUGUAGAAUAUCCUAGCCACCGACGUCGCCGGCAUACAGAGGUGUCUUCGGGCCAGUCUUGCGAGCACAGGGUAGCCUACUCUUUGUUUUUGCCUCAUGAAAUUACAGUUGGCUACCGGUAGCCUUUAUCGAUGACCCUUUUCAGAUAUAAUGGAAUGUGGCCCCUUGAAAGCGCCUCGGUUACGCCAUGAUUGGGUAGGCUACACUACGGAUUUUUAAAUGCUGACAGGAAACCUCUGGAGAUUUGAACGUGCAUUUUACUGGUCUGUAAAGGAAUGAUGCUUCUGAAGUGGGACUAACGUCCAUCACUAGGCGACCAGAACUGUCAAUCAAAUAAUCUUGAGCUGCUUUGCGCAGCCUGCCUACAGCCUGCGCACAGACCAAUAUCUCCUAAAAAAGUACUCUAAAGUUUGUUAAUUACGCAACUUACCAAUACAUUUAAUAUAAAUAAAACAGAUCUAGCUACCAUACCAUAAACAACACAUCUAGCUACCAUACCAUAAACAACACAUCUCGCUACCAUACCAGAAACAACGCUUCUAGCUAGCAUACCAUAAACAACGCUUCUAGCUAGCAUACCAUAAACAAUGCUUCUAGCUAGCAUACCAUAAACAACGCUUCUAGCUAGCAUACCAUAAACAACGCUUCUAGCUAGCAUACCAUAAACAACGCAUCUCGCUACCAUACCAUAAACAUCGCUUCUAGCUAGCAUACCAUAAACAUCGCUUCUAGCUACCCUACCAUAAACAACUCAUUUAGCUACCCUACCAUAAACAACUCAUUUAGCUACCCUACCAUAAACAACUCAUUUAGCUACCCUACCAUAAACAAUGCAUUUAGCUACCCUACCAUAAACAACGCAUUUAGCUACCCUACCAUAAACAACGCAUUUAGCUACCCUACCAUAAACAACGCAUUUGGCUACCCUACCAUAAACAACGCAUUUGGCUACCCUACCAUAAACAACGCAUUUAGCUACCCUACCAUAAACAACUCAUUUAGCUACCCUACCAUAAACAACUCAUUUAGCUACCCUGCCAUAAACUACUCAUUUAGCUACCCUACCAUAAACAACGCAUUUAGCUACCCUACCAUAAACAACGCAUUUAGCUACCCUACCAUAAACAACGCAUUUAGCUACCCUACCAUAAACAACGCAUUUGGCUACCCUACCAUAAACAACGCAUUUAGCUACCCUACCAUAAACAACGCAUUUAGCUACCCUACCAUAAACAACGCAUUUGGCUACCCUACCAUAAACAACGCAUUUGGCUACCCUACCAUAAACAACGCAUUUGGCUACCCUACCAUAAACAACGCAUUUGGCUACCCUACCAUAAACAACGCAUUUGGCUACCCUACCAUAAACAACUCAUUUAGCUACCCUGCCAUAAACUACUCAUUUAGCUACCCUACCAUAAACAACUAAUCUAGCUACCCUACCAUAAACAACGCAUUUAGCUACCCUACCAUAAACAAUGCAUCUAGCUACCCUACCAUAAACAAUGCGUCUAGCUACCCUACCAUAAACAAUGCGUCUAGCUACCCUACCAUAAACAAUGCGUCUAGCUACCCUACCAUAAACAAUGCGUCUAGCUACCCUACCAUAAAAACAACACAUCAGCACAUCAAUCAGCAACGUUUAUUGUUGUCAGGGAAACAAUACAGAACAUUUUAAUACCGGAGCAGAAUUCUACUUUUUUUAAUUGUCUGAAAAGUUAUGGUGGUCCCACACUGCCUAAUAAACACAUUACUAUAUGAAGUGUGGUUUUCUCUCAGGAACUGGACAAGAUGGUGGAGUAUGAGCUGAAGAUGGGGGGAGUUCUGUUACACCCAACCUUCGGUGGAGGCAAAGACAAGGACAAGUGAGAGCAGCUCCCUGUUGGUUUAAAGAUCAUUUAACAUGGAUGAUGUAUUGCAUGAUAACCUCCUACUUUCAGUGUCAACACUCUUUGAUAUGUGGCUCCAAUGAGGAUGAAUGUGUUUUCUGUUAUACCAGUCUAAACCACCUAAGUAGCAAGUAAAUGACAGGAUAGACAUUCCUGUUGCUACUGUUUUUGAGGGUCUUGGUCUACAAACCUACAUCUCACACAAAGAUGUGGUGUUCUAGUUUUAAUUAAAAACUUAUAUAUGCCGAUGUGAAGGUUUCCAACUCCAAACACUGCUGCAGAGAAGAAACAUGUGAAGAGUGGGUUUAUUCAUUCUAGCCCAAUAAACCGCUGGCACCAUCUCAAGUGUUUGUCUUAAAUCAGACCUCUCUCUCCUCUCCUGGAGUGGGCUUGGAGAGCUAUCCACACAUUAUGCAAACACUUAUGCAUGUUUGUGUGCUGCCUGUCAACGACUUGGCUAAUAACUCCACGUUGUAGUUUAUCUUAAAGUUGCUAGUGUUUGCAAGUUGAGGAGAGAGAGGAUGGAAGAUGGAGUGAGUUGUUGUUGAGUUUUUUCUCUGAUUUUACUCUUCCUCUCUCUCUCUUUCUCCCCCCUCUCAUCUCUCUUUCUCCCCCCUCUCAUCUCUCUCUCUCCUCAUACCUCACUCUCCUCAUAUCUCUCUCUCCCCCUCAUCCCUCACUCUCUCCUCAUCCCUCACACUCUCCCCACUCUCUCUCUCUCUCCUCAUCCCUCACUCUCUCCCCACUCCCUCUCAUCCCUCUCUCUCCUCAUCCCUCUCUCUCUCUCUCUCCUCAUCCCUCACUCUCUCCCCACUCCCUCAUCCCUCUCUCUCCUCAUCCCUCGCUCUCUCUCUCUCUCUCCUCAUCCCUCACUCUCUCCCCACUCUCUCUCUCGCUCUCUCUCUGUCUCUCAGCCCAACCCCUCACCUCCACUUCUCCAUCAAGCACCCUCACACCCUGUCCUGGAAGUACUACAAGAUGUUCCAGUGUAAAGCCCACCUGGUCAUGAGGCUCAUCGAGAACAGGAUCAGCAUGGAGUUCAUGCUGCAGGUGAGCAAUUAAUAAUCAAUUAAUAAUCCAUCAAUCAGCAUCAUCAAUCACCUAGUAUGCAGGCUGGUUCCUGUAAACAUCUGGCCACACUUGAAGUCUAUUUGUUUAAACACUAAUACCUACAGGGAUUCAACACUUGAGUUUAUUAUUACUGCACUACAUUGUAGAGUCUGGGUCAUUCCAGUUCAAUUCCUAGCAGUUUCAUGGAAUUUCUCUAGAGCAGGGUUUCCCAAUCUCGGUCCUCGGGACCCCAAGGUUUGCACGUUUUGGUUGUUGCCCUAGCACUACACAGCUGAUUCAAAUAAUCAACUAAUCAUCUAGCUUUGAUUAUUUGAAUCAGCUGUGUAGUGUUAGGGCAAAAACCAAAACGUGCACCCCUUGGGGUCCAGAGGACCGAGAUUGGGAAACGCUGCUCUAGAGGAAUACAUUUAGAAUCCUCAAUUCAUUGGACCACAGAUCCGAGCACCACAUUGACUCUUCCCCUGUUAAACUCCUGAGUCUGACCAGUUCAGCCAGAUACAUUAACUCCAUUAUUCUGUUUCCUAUGUGCUAGGUGUUCAACAAGUUACUAAGCCUGGCCAGUACAGCCUCCUCCCAGAAGUACCAGUCACACAUGUGGAGUCAGAUGCUGGUAUCCACCCACAGCUUCCUCAAGUCCAUCUCCAACGUGUCGGGGAAGGACAUAGGGCCCCUCAUCAAGCAGUGGGUGUAUCCUUUAACCUGGAGGGACUGGUUGUAACAUGACUAAAACAAUGUAAUAGCAGAUUAAUAGUUAGUUAGGACAUAGGGCCCCUCAUCAAGCAGUGGGUGUGUCCGUUCAGCUUCCUCAGCCUGCUUAGCAGAACACUGGAGAGACUGGCCUGGUUAGAACACUGGUGAGAGAGUCUGUAUGUAAUAUCAAGACUUUGGAUGAUUUAAUAUCCACUAUACAACUAGAAUUAUAAACUGGGUGGUUCGAGCCCUGAAUGCUGAUUGGCUGACAGCCGUGGUAUAUCAGACCAUAUACCACGGGUAUGACAAAACACUUAUUGUUACUGCUCUAAUUACGUUGGUAAGCAGUUUAUAAUAGCAAUAAGGCACCUCUGGGGUUUGUGAUAUAUGGCCAAUACCAUUGUGCCCCUGAUUGUGAUCAGUACUGUAAUUGUUUCAGUUUAGAUAUUAGCCUUAAUUCAAACCCACAGAGACCAGAGUGCAGUGGUGAAGUUCUUUGGUAGUUUUGCCUUCAACAGGAAACGGAACGUUCUAGAACUGGAGAUCCGACAGGACUACACCUCCUCUGGAACACAGAAAUAUGUGGUAGGUCCUCUUUGAGCUGAGUUGGUUUAACUUUACUGGUGUGCAGGAUGCGCGCAGUUAGCACUUUUGGGACUAUUCCAUUGGUUCCAUUGUACCAGCAAAGCUAAAUCAAGCUACCGCAAGUAUUUGACAUUUGUGUUUGACCCAAGUCUGAGGUUUAGUAGUAAGGUGAUUCACUGUCUUUGUUCCGUAGGGCCCCAUCAAGGUGACAGUCCAGGAGCUGGAUGGAUCCUUCAACCACACUCUACAGAUAGAGGAGAACAGCCUGAAGCACGACAUUCCCUGCCACUCAAAGAGCAGACGGUAAACUCAAGCUUGCAUCUGUUUUUGUUGCUAUACAAACACAUUUCAAUAAGCCUAAUGCAAUGCCAUCUUAGCUGUAGUUUGGAGGAUCAAGUUUUUGUCCCUCAGUUUAGCUCCACCUCCUUAGUUACUAAUUUCUUCCUUCUCCAGAAACAAGAAGAAGAAGAUACCUUUGAUGAACGGGGAGGAGGUUGACAUGGACCUGUCUGCUAUGGAGUAAGACUUUAUGCUGCUUUAUACAGCUCCCACUCUCUCUCACUCACUCACCUGUCUGUUAUGGAGUCAGACUUUCCAUUGCUCCCACUCUCUCUCACUCAUCUCCUCAGAACUCUGAGGCCUCAGUGCUGCCCAGCCCAGGGUGUCUCUGUCUCCUGGCCCCGCCCCUCUGUUCAGUCUACCUCUGAUCUGGUUUGAUGUCUGACUGUCUGCUCACUGACUGUCUGCUCCAGCUUGUUUUCUCAGUGGCCAGUGAAGUAGAGGCAGGAACAGGGACAGCAGCACUGAUACUACAGAGUUAGGGAGAACAACACUGAUACUACAGAGUUAGGGAGAACAACACUGAUACUACAGAGUUAGGGAGAACAACACUGAUACUACAGAGUUAGGGAGAACAACACUGAUACUACAGAGUUAGGGAGAACAGCACUGAUACUACAGAGUUAGGGAGAACAACACUGAUACUACAGAGUUAGGGAGAACAACACUGAUACUACAGAGUUAGGGAGAACAACACUGAUACUACAGAGUUAGGGAGAACAACACUGAUACUACAGAGUUAGGGAGAGCAACACUGAUACUACAGAGUUAGGGAGAGCAACACUGAUACUACAGAGUUAGGGAGAGCAACACUGAUACUACAGAGUUAGGGAGAGCAACACUGAUACUACAGAGUUAGGGAGAACACCACUGAUACUACAGAGUUAGGGAGAACAACACUGAUACUACAGAGUUAGGGAGAACAACACUGAUACUACAGAGUUUGGGAGACCACCACUGAUAGUACAGAGUUAGGGAGAACACCACUGAUACUACAGAGUUAGGGAGAACACCACUGAUACUACAGUGUUAGGGAGAGCAACACUGAAACUACAGAGUUAGGGAGGGCAGCUAUGGCAGUUACCGAGCAGUGAGAAACUAACCAACAACCCAGCAGGCAGUUACAACUGUCUACAACCCUCGUGCCAAGUCUUUGGCAACUUUAACAUCGCUCCAGCCAGACAGGCCUCCUACAUCCCCUCUGGUGUGGCGUCGUCUGCCUGCCUCUCUCUCCACUGUUUAAACUGCAGCGGGUGUUGGCUUCAGUCAAUCACUUCUGUUUGGUUUAGAUUUGGGCCAUCCUACCCUCAGAGGGAACAUCAGGUUGUGACAUCAUUUCAGACCUACAGUGGGGGAAAAAAGUAUUUAGUCAGCCACCAAUUGUGCAAGUUCUCCCACUUAAAAAGAUGAGAGAGGCCUGUAAUUUUCAUCAUAGGUACACGUCAACUAUGACAGACAAAAUGAGAAAAAUAAAUCCAGAAAAUCACAUUGUAGGAUUUUUUAUGAAUUUAUUUGCAAAUUGUGGUGGAAAAUAAGUAUUUGGUCAAUAACAAAAGUUUCUCAAUACUUUGUUAUAUACCCUUUGUUGGCAAUGACACAGGUCAAACGUUUUCUGUAAGUCUUCACAAGGUUUUCACACACUGUUGCUGGUAUUUUGGCCCAUUCCUCCAUGCAGAUCUCCUCUAGAGCAGUGAUGUUUUGGGGCUGUCGCUGGGCAACACAGAGUUUCAACUCCCUCCAAAGAUUUUCUAUGGGGUUGAGAUCUGGAGACUGGCUAGGCCACUCCAGGACCUUGAAAUGCUUCUUACGAAGCCACUCCUUCAUUGCCCGGGCGGUGUGUUUGGGAUCAUUGUCAUGCUGAAAGACCCAGCCACGUUUCAUCUUCAAUGCCCUUGCUGAUGGAAGGAGGUUUUCACUCAAAAUCUCACGAUACAUGGCCCCAUUCAUUCUUUCCUUUACACGGAUCAGUCGUCCUGGUCCCUUUGCAGAAAAACAGCCCCAAAACAUGAUGUUUCCACCCCCAUGCUUCACAGUAGGUAUGGUGUUCUUUGGAUGCAACUCAGCAUUCUUUGUCCUCCAAACACGACGAGUUGAGUUUUUACCAAAAAGUUCUAUUUUGGUUUCAUCUGACCAUAUGACAUUCUCCCAAUCCUCUUCUGGAUCAUCCAAAUGCACUCCAGCAAACUUCAGACGGGCCUGGACAUGAACUAGCUUAAGCAGGGGGACACGUCUGGAACUGCAGGAUUUGAGUCCCUGGCAGAGUAGUGUGUUACUGAUGGUAGGCUUUGUUACUUUGGUCCCAGCUCUCUGCAGGUCAUUCACUAGGUCCCCCCGUGUGGUUCUGGGAUUUUUGCUCACCGUUCUUGUGAUCAUUUUGACCCCACGGGGUGAGAUCUUGCGUGGAGCCCCAGAUCGAGGGAGAUUAUCAGUGGUCUUGUAUGUCUUCCAUUUCCUAAUAAUUGCUCCCACAGUUGAUUUCUUCAAACCAAGCUGCUUACCUAUUGCAGAUUCAGUCUUCCCAGCCUGGUGCAGGUCUACAAUUUUGUUUCUGGUGUCCUUUGACAGCUCUUUGGUCUUGGCCAUAGUGGAGUUUGGAGUGUGACUGUUUGAGGUUGUGGACAGGUGUCUUUUAUACUGAUAACAAGUUCAAACAGGUGCCAAUAAUACAGGUAACGAGUGGAGGACAGAGGAGCCUCUUAAAGAAGAAGUUACAGGUCUGUGAGAGCCAGAAAUCUUGCUUGUUUGUAGGUGACCAAAUACUUAUUUUCCACCAUAAUUUGCAAAUAAAUUCAUUAAAAAUCCUACAAUGUGAUGUUCUGGAUUUUUUCUCUCUCAAUUUGUCUGUCAUAGUUUACGUGUACCUAUGAUGAAAAUUACAGGCCUCUCUCAUCUUUUUAAGUGGGAGAACUUGCACAAUUGGUGGCUGACUAAAUACUUUUUUUCCCCACUGUAUAUCACAGCCUCAGAGGGAACAAAGGAUCUAGCCAUUAAAAUAUAAUAAUCAACAUUCUUCAGUGUUAAAAGUUUGUCAAAUCAGUUCAAUUCAGACAAGCCACUCUCAUUAACAGAAAAGUAUAACGUUCGUUCCAUUCCACAAAGAAACUAUAACUAACUAACUCUGUUUCUCACGCAGUGCGGAUUCUCCCUUGCUGUGGAUCCGGAUCGAUCCGGACAUGUCCAUCCUGCGUAAGGUGGAGUUUGAGCAGGCAGACUUCAUGUGGCAGUACCAGCUCCGGUACGGGGCGCUUCACGUUUUACUUUUAUGAAUUUGCCUUUGCAUGGAUUUGUUUCUUCAUGUAUUCUUGCACACAAGUUAAAAAAGACAAUCCUUAUUUCCAAACAUGAAAAAGAUGACAACAGAUCACACCACAGAGCCAUGACAACUGAUCACACCACAGAGCCAUGACCGCAGAUCACACCACAGAGCCAUGACAACAGAUCACAGCACAGAGCCAUGACAACAGAUCACAGCACAGAGCCAUGACAACAGAUCACAGCACAGAGCCAUGACAACAGAUCAUACCACACAGCCAUGACAACAGAUUACACCACAGAGCCAUUUUUCUCAAAAAAAAAAUUAUGGCCAAGAUAAAGCAAAGCAGUGCGAUAAAAACAACAACACAGAGUUACAUAUGGGGUAAACAAAACAUUAAAAAAUACAAACAGAAAAUAUAUAUACAGUGUGUGCGAAUGUAGUAAGUUAUGGAGGUAAGGCAAUAAAUAGGCCAUAGUGCAAAAUAGUUACUAUUUCGUAUUAACACUGGAAUGAUAGAUGUGCAAAAGAUGAUGCGCAAAUAGAGAUACUGGGGUGCAAAUUAGCAAAAUAAAUAACAAUAUGGAGAUGAGGUAGUUGGGUGGGCUAAUUUCAGAAUGGCUGUGUACAGGUGCAGUGAUCGGUAAGCUGCUCUGACAACUGGCGCUUAAAUUUAGUGAGGGAGAUAAGUCUCCAGCUUCAGAGAUUUUUGCAGUUCGUUCCAGUCAUUGGCAGCAGAGAACUGGAAGGAAUGGCGGCCAAAGGAGGUGUUGGCUUUGGGGAUGACCAGUGAGAUACAGUGGGGGAAAAAAGUAUUUAGUCAGCCACCAAUUGUGCAAGUUCUCCCACUUAAAAAGAUGAGAGAGGCCUGUAAUUUUCAUCAUAGGUACACGUCAACUAUGACAGACAAAAUGAGAUUUUUUUCCUCCAGAAAAUCACAUUGUAGGAUUUUUAAUGAAUUUAUUUGCAAAUUAUGGUGGAAAAUAAGUAUUUGGUCAAUAACAAAAGUUUCUCAAUACUUUGUUAUAUACCCUUUGUUGGCAAUGACACAGGUCAAACGUUUUCUGUAAGUCUUCACAAGGUUUUCACACACUGUUGCUUGUAUUUUGGCCCAUUCCUCCAUGCAGAUCUCCUCUAGAGCAGUGAUGUUUUGGGGCUGUCGCUGGGCAACACGGACUUUCAACUCCCUCCAAAGAUUUUCUAUGGGGUUGAGAUCUGGAGACUGGCUAGGCCACUCCAGGACCUUGAAAUGCUUCUUACGAAGCCACUCCUUCGUUGCCCGGGCGGUGUGUUUGGGAUCAUUGUCAUGCUGAAAGACCCAGCCACGUUUCAUCUUCAAUGCCCUUGCUGAUGGAAGGAGGUUUUCACUCAAAAUCUCACGAUACAUGGCCCCAUUCAUUCUUUCCUUUACACGGAUCAGUCGUCCUGGUCCCUUUGCAGAAAAACAGCCCCAAAGCAUAAUGUUUCCACCCCCAUGCUUCACAGUAGGUAUGGUGUUCUUUGGAUGCAACUCAGCAAUAUUUGUCCUCCAAACACGACGAGUUGAGUUUUUACCAAAAAGUUAUAUUUUGGUUUCAUCUGACCAUAUGGCAUUCUCCCAAUCCUCUUCUGGGUCAUCCAAAUGCACUCUAGCAAACUUCAGACGGGCCUGGACAUGUACUGGCUUAAGCAGGGGGACACGUCUGGCACUGCAGGAUUUGAGUCCCUGGCGGCGUAGUGUGUUACUGAUGGUAGGUUUUGUUACUUUGCUCCCAGCUCUCUGCAGGUCAUUCACUAGGUCCCCCUGUGUGGUUCUGGGAUUUUUGCUCACCGUUCUUGUGAUCAUUUUGACCCCACGGGGUGAGAUCUUGCGUGGAGCCCCAGAUCGAGGGAGAUUAUCAGUGGUCUUGUAUGUCUUCCAUUUCCUAAUAAUUGCUCCCACAGUUGAUUUCUUCAAACCAAGCUGCUUACCUAUUGCAGAUUCAGUCUUCCCAGCCUGGUGCAGGUCUACAAUUUUGUUUCCGGUGUCCUUUGACAGCUCUUUGGUCUUGGCCAUAGUGGAGUUUGGAGUGUGACUGUUUGAGGUUGUGGACAGGUGUCUUUUAUACUGAUAACAAGUUCAAACAGGUGCCAUUAAUACAGGUAACGAGUGGAGGACAGAGGAGCCUCUUAAAGAAGAAGUUACAGGUCUGUGAGAGCCAGAAAUCUUGCUUGUUUGUAGGUGACCAAAUACUUAUUUUCCACCAUAAUUUGCAAAUAAAUUCAUAAAAAAUCCUACAAUGUGAUUUUCUGGAUUUUUUUUCCUCAAUUUGUCUGUCAUAGUUGAUGUGUACCUAUGCUGAAAAUUACAGGCCUCUCAUCUUUUUAAGUGGGAGAACUUGCACAAUUGGUGGCUGACCUAAAUACUUUUUUUCCCCACUGUAUACUUGCUGGAGCGCAGACUACGGGUGGGUGUUGCUAUGGUGACCAGUGAGCUAAGGUAAGACGGGGAUUUGCCUAGCAGUGAUUUAUAGAUGACCUGGAGCCAGUGGGUUUGGCGACGAAUAUGUAGUGAGGGCCAGCCAACAAGAGCGUACAGGUCACAAUGGUGGGUAGUAUAUGGGGCUUUGGUGACAAAACGGAUGGCACUGUGAUAGACUACAUCCAAUUUGCUGAGUAGAGUGUUGAAGGCUAUUUUGUAAAUGACAUUGCCGAAGUCAAGGAUCGGUAGGAUAGUCAGUUUUACGAGGGCAUGUUUGGCAGCAUGAGUGAAGGAGGCUUUGUUGCGAAAUAGGAAGCCGAUUCUAGAUCUAACUUUUGAUUGGAGAUGCUUAAUGUGAGUCUGGAAGGAGAGUUUACAGUCUAACCAGACACCUAGGUAUUUGUAGUUGUCCACAUACUCUAGGUCAGACCCGCCGAGAGUAGUGAUUCUAGUCGGGUGGGCGGGUGCAAGCAGCGUUCGGUUGAAGAACAUGCAUUUAGUUUUACUAGUGUUUAAGAGCAGUUGGAGGCUACGGAAGGAGUGUUGUAUGGUGUUGAAGCUCGUUUGGAGGUUUGUUAACACCGUGUCCAAUGAAGGGCCAGAUGUAUACAAAAUGGUGUCGUCCGCAUAGAGGUGGAUCCGAGCUUCACCAGCAGCAAGAGCAACAUCAUUGAUAUACACAGAGAAUAGAGUCGGCCCGAGAAUUGAACCCUGUGGCACCCCCAUAGAGACGGCCAGAGGUCCAGACAACAGGCCCUCCGAUUUGACACAUUGAACUCUAUCUGAGAAGUAGUUGGUGAACCAGGCGAGGCAGUCAUUAGAGAAACCAAGGCUAUUUAGUCUGCCAAUAAGAAUGCGGUGGUUGACAGAGUCGAAAGCCUUGGCCAGGUCGAUGAAGACGGCUGCGCAGUACUGUCUUUUAUCGAUCGCGGUUAUAAUAUCGUUUAGGACCUUGAGCGUGGCUGAGGUGCACCCAUGACCAGCUCGGAAACCGGAUUGCAUAGCGGAGAAGGUACGGUGGGAUUCGGAAUGGUCGGUGAUCUGUUUGUUAACUUGGCUUUCAAAUACUUUCGAAAGGCAGGGCAGGAUGGAUAUAGGUCUGUAACAGUUUGGAUCUAGAGUGUCACCCCCUUUGAAGAGGGGGAUGACCGCGGCAGCUUUCCAAUCUCUGGGGAUCUCAGACGUUACGAAAGAAAGGUUGAACAGGCUAGUAAUAGGGGUUGCGACAAUUUCGGCAGCUAAUUUUAGAAAGAAAUGGUCCAGAUUGUCUAGCCCAGCUGAUUUGUAGGGGUCCAGAUUUUUCAGUUCUUUCAGAACAUCAGCUGUCUGAAUUUGUGUGAAGGAGAAGCGGGGGGCGCAUGGGCAAGUUGCAGCGAAGGGUGCAGAGCUAGUGGCCGGGGUAGUGGUAGCCAGGUGGAAAGCAUGGCCAGCCGUAGCAAAAUGCUUGUUGAAAUUCUCGAUUAUUGUAGAUUUAUCGGUGGUGACAGUGUUUCCUAGCCUUCAGUGGGCAGUUGGGAGGAGGUGCUCUUAUUUUCCAAUGACUUUACAGUGUGCCAAAACAUUUUGGAGUUAGUGCUACAGGAUGCAAAUUUCUGUUUUAAAAAGCUAGCCUUUGCUUUCCUAACUGAUUGUGUAUAUUGGUUCCUGACUUCCCUGAAAAGUUGCAUAUCGCGGGGGCUGUUCGAUGCUAAUGCAGUACGCCACAGGAUGUUUUUGUGCUGGUCAAGGGCAGUCAAGUCUGAGGAGAACCAGGGGCUAUAUCUGUUCUUAGUUCAGAAUCUUUUGAAUGGGGCAUGCUUAUUUAAGAUUGAGAGGAAAGCACUUUUAAAGAACAACCAGGCAUCCUCUACUGACGGAAUGAGGUCAAUAUUCAUCCAGGAUACCCGGGCCAGGUCAAUUAGAAAGGCAUGACAACAGAUCACACCACAGAGCCAUGACAACAGAUCACACCACACAGCCAUGACCGCAGAUCACACCACAGAGCCAUGACAACAGAUCACGCCACAGAGCCAUGACAACACAAGCUGUAGAUCUGACAUGUCAACAUGAAGCUCAAAGCAAACUAAAAAAGAUACAUUUUCCUGAAGAAGAUGUGUGUGCUUGCUUGUCUUGAAGUAUUUUUCAUGGUUCAUAACGAUCUUUCUCAGGUAUGAGCGUGACGUAGUGGCCCAGGAGGAGUCUAUUUUAGCCCUGGAGAAGUUCCCCACCCCAGCCUCCCGUCUGGCGCUCACCGACAUCCUAGAACAGGACCAGUGCUUCUACAAGGUCCGCCAGGGGGCCUGCUUCUGCCUCGCCAAGGUAGGAAGUACACUUAUGCCACCCACCCAUCCAACUUUAGCCCCCCAUUGAUUCAUUACCCAUGGUAGGAUGUUAGUGUGAUGAUGGCGAGUUGAGCACACCAGUCCUUUAUUCUAAGCCAAGGGGACUGCUGUGUCAUUAGGCUAUCCACCUUCCUAGUAUUCAUUCUUCUUUAAAACCCAAUUCAACAACCCCUGUAGAACUUUUUUUGUUGUUGUUGCUUUAUCUGUCAACCCCCCCCCCCCCCAUAUCCGAUUGAUUUCCUACAUUUAUAAUAUUUUCACCUGAAUCAAUAUUUUUGUAAAAUCAAAAUGAAUGUGGAGUUACAUCAGGCUCUGUUUGGUUUCGUUGGCUUCCAGAAUUUAAUGUAGCUAGUUGAUGGUCUUUCAGACCACAGGAUGUUACACGGGUAACCCUGAUAGACUUGGCAGGCCAGUGAUAGGCUGUCUUUGUUGAAAGAGUGGGAGCCGGCAGGAAAGGGGCAAGUCCAAGCAGAGUCCACACACCCACACUCGCAUACACACACACACCCGUCCACCCCAGGGCCAUGUGUUUACCUAGCUGAAAAAUGACAACAUCCUGACUGCUAGCCCCAGCGCUGUAGAGGGACAUUCAGCUCUGUCUUUCCCCCUAAUAUCCUGCUGAGAGAGAGUAGGGAGACAUUCAGCUCUGUCUUUCCCCCUAAUAUCCUGCUGAGAGAGAGUAGGGAGACAUUCAGCUCUGUCUUUCCCCCUAAUAUCCUGCUGAGAGAGAGUAGGGAGACGUUCAGCUCUGUCUUUCCCCCUAAUAUCCUGCUGAGAGAGAGUAGGGAGACGUUCAGCUCUGUCUUUCCCCCUAAUAUCCUGCUGAGAGAGAGUAGGGAGACAUUCAGCUCUGUCUUUCCCCCUAAUAUCCUGCUGAGAGAGAGUAGGGAGACAUUCAGCUCUGUCUUUCCCCCUAAUAUCCUGCUGAGAGAGAGUAGGGAGACGUUCAGCUCUGUCUUUCCCCCUAAUAUCCUGCUGAGAGAGAGUAGGGAGACGUUCAGCUCUGUCUUUCCCCCUAAUAUCCUGCUGAGAGAGAGUAGGGAGACGUUCAGCUCUGUCUUUCCCCCUAAUAUCCUGCUGAGAGAGAGAGUAAGGAGUUCCCUCAGCUCAGUCACUUCCUCAUGUAACAGGCCAGAAGCCAAUUGUUCUGAACUCUAGAAAAUCUAAUCAAAGUCGCACUCUCUUGUCCCCUUGCAGUGAACUUUCAAAUGAAUAGCACAACACUUUGGCUAGGAAGCCUUAUUCAGUGUCAUGUGCCAUCCUAGUUAGAAUACAAGCUAAUAUGUCUAUUAUUUAGUAUCUUCUGUGUCUAGAUAGCAAACUCUCCUCCUCCAUGAAGUCCCUGUUCACCAGGAUAGCUAGCUAUCGCACAUCAACUCAAAUUGAGCAGUAGGAGUCAGCUAUAUCCCGUAUUUACUGAUUUAUAUUUAUAGAUUGCUAACUCCAUGAUGAGCACAUGGACGGGUCCUCCAGCCAUGAAGUCUCUGUUCACCAGGAUGUUCUGCUGUAAGAGCUGUCCCAACAUCGUCAAGACCAACAACUUCAUCAGCUUCCAGAGCUACUUCCUACAGAAGGUACUUAACCAUGGCGCAUCACCUCAACACAGAGCAGUAGACUAAGGCUGUUGGUUAAAUAUCUACCGUCAUGGUGUACAUGUUACACGCUGUGGACUGUUUCAGUUAAACCUUUAGGAGACAACGGUGGCAGAAAUAUGAAUUAGUUUCCAUGGAAAUUGCAAGAAAUAUGUAAACAUUGAUGAAGCUGAUUACUGUAGUACAGUAUUUUGACCUCUGUAAUGACCUCUGUGUUUGAUCUAUUCCUAGACCAUGCCUGUAGCCAUGGCUCAACUCAGAGACAUCCAGAACCUCUGUCCCAAAGAUGUCCUCAACUUCAUCCUGGACCUCAUCAAGUACAACGACAACAGGAAGAACAAGGUGAGAUGGGUUUGUUUUGUUGUGACCAGUGAAUAAAGCACAGGACACAAACAUAUCACCCACCACCCUCCCUCGUCCCUCCACCCUAUGGCAACCCUUCCCACAGAAAUGAGCAGAAAGUAAAAAGUCAUGAAAACUUAACACAGACUGUACAAAUAAACUGAAAACAGAUUGCCAGUAUGAUUGGUGGAGUUAAUAUAACGAUUCAGUUAGUGAGCUGGGUUUCAUAACUUUACUAGAUUACAUCCUAGCUGAUGAUUUGGUCCUGUGGGUUUCCCUAAGUCCUUAUGGUUAUGUUCAGAAACAGCAUGACAACACCAGUGGAGAGGACAGGACAAGAGGACAACAGAGUUGUGUGUUAAUGACUGUAAUCUUGUUGUUCUCCAUUUUCUAUGUUUAUACGUUGAUUAGACAUUUGGUAAUGGGAAGUUGACAGGGUAAAGGAGAGGAACCGUUCAGAGAGUGGUGGACCAGGGUUCCCCAUCGUUGGGAAUACUGUCUGAGUGAUCUGGAGUUGGCUUUGCCGACCACUAGGCCAGACUCUGACUGGUACUAAUGAGUGAUCUGGAGUUGGCUGUGCCGACCACUAGGCCAGACUCUGACUGGUACUAAUGAGUGAUCUGGAGUUGGCUAUGCCGACCAGUAGGCCAGACUCUGACUGGUACUAAUGAGUGAUCUGGAGUUGGCUAUGCCGACCACUAGGCCAGACUCUGACUGGCACUAAUGAGUGAUCUGGAGUUGGCUGUGCCGACCACUAGGCCAGACUCUGACUGGCACUAAUGAGUGAUCUGGAGUUGGCUGUGCCGACCACUAGGCCAGACUGUGACUGGCACUAAUGAGUGAUCUGGAGUUGGCUGUGCCGACCACUAGGCCAGAUUCUGACUGGUACUAAUGAGUGAUCUGGAGUUGGCUGUGCCGACCAGUAGGCCAGACUCUGACUGGUACUAAUGAGUGAUCUGGAGUUGGCUGUGCCAACCACUAGGCCAGACUCUGACUGGUACUAAUGAGUGAUCUGGAGUUGGCUGUGCCGACCACUAGGCCAGACUCUGACUGGUACUAAUGAGUGAUCUGGAGUUGGCUGUGCCGACCACUAGGCCAGACUCUGACUGGUACUAAUGAGUGAUCUGGAGUUGGCUGUGCCGACCACUAGGCCAGAUUCUGACUGGUACUAAUGAGUGAUCUGGAGUUGGCUGUGCCGACCAGUAGGCCAGACUCUGACUGGUACUAAUGAGUGAUCUGGAGUUGGCUGUGCCAACCACUAGGCCAGACUCUGACUGGUACUAAUGAGUGAUCUGGAGUUGGCUGUGCCGACCACUAGGCCAGACUCUGACUGGCACUAAUGAGUGAUCUGGAGUUGGCUGUGCCGACCACUAGGCCAGACUGUGACUGGCACUAAUGAGUGAUCUGGAGUUGGCUGUGCCGACCACUAGGCCAGAUUCUGACUGGUACUAAUGAGUGAUCUGGAGUUGGCUGUGCCGACCAGUAGGCCAGACUCUGACUGGUACUAAUGAGUGAUCUGGAGUUGGCUGUGCCGACCACUAGGCCAGACUCUGACUGGUACUAAUGAGUGAUCUGGAGUUGGCUGUGCCGACCACUAGGCCAGAUUCUGACUGGUACUAAUGAGUGAUCUGGAGUUGGCUGUGCCGACCAGUAGGCCAGACUCUGACUGGUACUAAUGAGUGAUCUGGAGUUGGCUGUGCCGACCACUAGGCCAGACUCUGACUGGCACUAAUGAGUGAUCUGGAGUUGGCUGUGCCGACCACUAGGCCAGACUGUGACUGGCACUAAUGAGUGAUCUGGAGUUGGCUGUGCCAACCACUAGGCCAGACUCUGACUGGUACUAAUGAGUGAUCUGGAGUUGGCUGUGCCGACCACUAGGCCAGACUCUGACUGGUACUAAUGAGUGAUCUGGAGUUGGCUGUGCCGACCACUAGGCCAGACUCUGACUGGUACUAAUGAGUGAUCUGGAGUUGGCUAUGCCGACCAGUAGGCCAGACUCUGACUGGUACUAAUGAGUGAUCUGGAGUUGGCUAUGCCGACCACUAGGCCAGACUCUGACUGGCACUAAUGAGUGAUCUGGAGUUGGCUGUGCCGACCACUAGGCCAGACUCUGACUGGCACUAAUGAGUGAUCUGGAGUUGGCUGUGCCGACCACUAGGCCAGACUGUGACUGGCACUAAUGAGUGAUCUGGAGUUGGCUGUGCCGACCACUAGGCCAGAUUCUGACUGGUACUAAUGAGUGAUCUGGAGUUGGCUGUGCCGACCAGUAGGCCAGACUCUGACUGGUACUAAUGAGUGAUCUGGAGUUGGCUGUGCCAACCACUAGGCCAGACUCUGACUGGUACUAAUGAGUGAUCUGGAGUUGGCUGUGCCGACCACUAGGCCAGACUCUGACUGGUACUAAUGAGUGAUCUGGAGUUGGCUGUGCCGACCACUAGGCCAGACUCUGACUGGUACUAAUGAGUGAUCUGGAGUUGGCUGUGCCGACCACUAGGCCAGAUUCUGACUGGUACUAAUGAGUGAUCUGUAGUUGGCUGUGCCGACCAGUAGGCCAGACUCUGACUGGUACUAAUGAGUGAUCUGGAGUUGGCUGUGCCAACCACUAGGCCAGACUCUGACUGGUACUAAUGAGUGAUCUGGAGUUGGCUGUGCCGACCACUAGGCCAGACUCUGACUGGUACUAAUGAGUGAUCUGGAGUUGGCUGUGCCGACCACUAGGCCAGACUCUGACUGGUACUAAUGAGUGAUCUGGAGUUGGCUAUGCCGACCAGUAGGCCAGACUCUGACUGGUACUAAUGAGUGAUCUGGAGUUGGCUAUGCCGACCACUAGGCCAGACUGUGACUGGCACUAAUGAGUGAUCUGGAGUUGGCUGUGCCGACCACUAGGCCAGACUCUGACUGGCACUAAUGAGUGAUCUGGAGUUGGCUGUGCCGACCACUAGGCCAGACUGUGACUGGCACUAAUGAGUGAUCUGGAGUUGGCUGUGCCGACCACUAGGCCAGAUUCUGACUGGUACUAAUGAGUGAUCUGGAGUUGGCUGUGCCGACCAGUAGGCCAGACUCUGACUGGUACUAAUGAGUGAUCUGGAGUUGGCUGUGCCAACCACUAGGCCAGACUCUGACUGGUACUAAUGAGUGAUCUGGAGUUGGCUGUGCCGACCACUAGGCCAGACUCUGACUGGUACUAAUGAGUGAUCUGGAGUUGGCUGUGCCGACCACUAGGCCAGACUCUGACUGGUACUAAUGAGUGAUCUGGAGUUGGCUGUGCCGACCACUAGGCCAGAUUCUGACUGGUACUAAUGAGUGAUCUGUAGUUGGCUGUGCCGACCAGUAGGCCAGACUCUGACUGGUACUAAUGAGUGAUCUGGAGUUGGCUGUGCCAACCACUAGGCCAGACUCUGACUGGUACUAAUGAGUGAUCUGGAGUUGGCUGUGCCGACCACUAGGCCAGACUCUGACUGGUACUAAUGAGUGAUCUGGAGUUGGCUGUGCCGACCACUAGGCCAGACUCUGACUGGUACUAAUGAGUGAUCUGGAGUUGGCUGUGCCGACCACUAGGCCAGACUCUGACUGGUACUAAUGAGUGAUCUGGAGUUGGCUGUGCCGACCACUAGGCCAGACUGUGACUGGCACUAAUGAGUGAUCUGGAGUUGGCUGUGCCGACCAGUAGGCCAGACUCUGACUGGUACUAAUGAGUGAUCUGGAGUUGGCUGUGCCAACCACUAGGCCAGACUCUGACUGGUACUAAUGAGUGAUCUGGAGUUGGCUGUGCCGACCACUAGGCCAGACUCUGACUGGCACUAAUGACUUUAAUAUUGUUGUUGUCUUUUUCCUAGUUCUCUGACAACUACUACCGUGCUGAGCUGAUUGAUGCUCUGACCAACUCCCUGACCCCGGCCAUCAGCAUUAGUAACGAGGUCCGCACCGUGGACAACCUCAACGGAGACGUACGCCUCAUCCUGGAGGAGAUCACACGCUUUCUUAACAUGGAGAAACUACUGCCCAGCUACCGCAACACCAUCACUGUCAGGUAGAGAUAUCACUACUAUAGAUACCACUAUACAUUAUACUAAACAUCCUGGAGGAGAUCAUCACUACUGCCCAGCUACCACAACACCAUCACUGUCAGGUAAAGAUAUCACUACUAUAGAUACCACUAUACAUUAUACUAUAUAAACUAAACAUCCUGGAGGAGAUCGUCACUACUGCCCAGCUACCACAACACCAUCACUGUCAGGUGUAACACAAUUUAGGAUGAAGUGGAGUACUAGUGCAUGGUAAGUGCUGGUGGUAAAUGCUGGUGCUUGGUGUCAGUGUUUUGAUUUGCCGGUGUUAGUGGCUGGUUUUACAUUGUGUUGAUAGAUAAAAGAUUGACCAAAUAGUGGUUGACCCAAAGGGUCAUUGUUGAGCUGGCUGGCGUGGAAGCUUUUUGGCCCUUGUACCCUCUUCCCAGAUAUUUCCAAACACGUCCCGUACAAGAAGCUAGUUGAGUGCCAGGGUAAACUUUCCCACCUACAUGAUCUUAUCAAUGAAAAUGCCUUAAAGGCACAAUCUGCGACUUUGAUUUCCAGUUGUAACACUCCAAAUCUUUUUAACCCUAAAGGGUGUUGGCGUGUAAAAAAUCAUAGAGGAACUUUGAUUUAGGGUUAUAGAUGAGUGAUCUUUAUCUCUCUCCUCCAUCUCUCUCUCUCUCUCCCUCCUCUCUCCUCUCUCCUCCCUCCCUCUCUCUCCUCCAUCUCUCGCUCUCUCUCUCUCUCUCUCCUCCAUCUCUCUCUCUCUCCUCCAUCUCUCUCCCUCUCUCUCCUCCAUCUCUCUCCCUCUCUCUCUCCUCCAUCUCUCUCCCUCUCUCUCCUCCAUCUCUCUCCCUCUCUCUCCUCCAUCUCUCCUCCAUUUCUCUCCCUCUCCUCUAUCUCUCUCUCUCCUCCAUCUCUCUCUCCUCCAUCUCCCUCUACCUCUCUCUCUCUCUCUUCCAUCCCUCUCUCUCUCCUCCAUCCCUCUCUUCCAUCCAUCUCUCUCUCCUCCCUCCCUCUCUCUCCUCCCUCCCUCUCUCUCUCCUCCUCCCUCUCUCUCUCCUCCUCCCUCUCUCUCUCUCCUCCUCCCUCUCUCUCUCCUCCAUCCCCCUCUCUCUCCUCCCCCCCUUCUCUCUCCUCCUCCCUCUCUCUCUCCUCCCCCUCCCUCUCUCUCGUCUCCUCCUCCCUCCCCCUCUCUCUCUCUCCAUCUCUCUUCCCCUCUCUCCCUCCCCCCUCUCCCCCCUCUUUCCCUCCCCCCCCUCCUCUUCUCCUCUCUUCUUUUUGGGGUUUUGGGGUUUUCCCUCCCCCCUUUUUCCCCCCCCCCCCCCCCCCCCCCCCCCCCCCAACCCCCCCCCCCCCCCCCCCCCCACCCCCUUUCCCCCCCCCCCCCAAACCCCCCCUCCCCCCCCCCCCCUUUUUUUCCCCCCCCCCCUUUUUUCCCCCCCCCCCCCUCCCCCCUCCCCCCCCCUUCCCCUCCUCUCCCCCCCCCCUCCCUUUUCCCCCCCCCCCCUUUUCCUCCCUCCCCCCCCCCUCCCUCCCUUCUCUCCCUCCCCCUCCCUCCUCUCCUCCCUCCCCCUUCCUCCCCCCCCCCCCCCCCCCCCCCCUCCUUUCUCCCCCUCCCCCCCCCGGGUUCCUCCCCCCCCCCCCCCCCCCCCUCCCCGCCUCUCUCCCCUCCCCCUUCUCUCCCCCCCUCCCCCCCCCCUUUGGUUUGGGGGUUUCCCCUCCCCCCAUCCCCCCCCUCACCUUGCCCCCCCCCCCCCUCCCUUUUUUUUUCCCCCCCCUUUUUUUGGGCGGGCGCGCCCCCCCCCCCCUCCAAAGGGUCCCCUCAUCCCCCCCUUCCGGGCCAUCUUUCCCUUUCCCCCUCCCUUCCCCCUCCCCCCCUCCCACCCUUCUUUUCGGGGCCCCACCUCCGUAUUCUCACACUCCUGGCCCGCGGUGCAGCCCUCUGCCCUGAGAGAAAAUGGUCCACCUCUGAUCCCCCCUGCCCUUCCCCCCCCCAAGGGCAUCCCGCGGGGAAGUUGCACCCACCGGAAUGUCUCUGCGGAACAGGUCCCAGGCACAAAAGAACAGCUUCACUGGUUCAGGCGCAGAGCAAAAGGGACAUAGGAUAAGCAGGGGGCGUAGAGGGCUCAGGGUCUAAGGACGCCGCGGAAUCCCAAGCUCAAACCUCACUCCCGCUACGGGGGGCAAAGAUUCGGAGCAUAAAUGCGGCCAAAGGGCUGAAAGGAGGUCCCCCGGGGACGAACCUCCCUGCUUUCCCCUACCCCCAAAUAACGACACGACGCAAUUCCCGGGCCCUUCCAAAUGGAUCGCCCCCCUGCCCCCCCUCCCCCAGCCGGGCCCCUGCCCCCCACUUCAUGACUCCCCCCCCCCCCUCCUCCCAUCCCCCCUCUCUCCUCUCUCUUUUCCCCCCUCUCUCUUCUCCUCCCCCUCUCUCUCUCCUCCAUCCCCCCUCUCUCUCUCCAUCUCUCUCUCUCCAGUUGUCUCAGAGCUAUCCGGAUGCUUCAGAAGAAUGGCCAUAUUCCCAGUGACCCCUCUCUGUUUAAGUCCUAUGCAGAAUACGGACACUUUGUGGAUGUGCGUGUCGCAGCACUGGAAGCUGUGGUGGACUACACAAGAAGUAUGCACCAAACUAGCAGUAGUGAAGUUAGUAGGACACACCCUAUUCCCUAUGUAGUGCACUACAUUUAGCCAGAGCCACAUAGGGUUAUAAUUAGUCAAAAGUAGUGGACUUGACUACAGUGCAUUCGGAAAGUAUUCAGACCCCUUGACUUUUUCCAUAAUUUGUUUCGUUACAUCCUUAUUUUAAAAUGGAUUAAAAAAAUUCCCCCUCAUCAGUCUACACACAAUACCCCAUAAUGACAAAGCAAAAACUGGUUUUUAGAUUUUUUAAAAAACAUUUAUAUACAAAUAAAUAUCAAAUUUACAUAAGUAUUCAGAUCCUUUACUCAGUACUUUGUUGAAGCACUUUUGGCAGCGAUUACAGCUUUGAGUCUUCUUGGGUAUGACGCUACAAGCUUGGCACGCCUGUAUUUGGGGAGUUUCUCCCAUUCUUCUCUGCAGAUCCUCUCAAACUCUAUCAGGUUGGAUGAGGAGCGUCGCUGCACAGCUAUUUUCAGGUCUCUCCAGAGAUGUUCGAUCGGGUUCAAGUCCGAGCUCUGGCUGGGCCACUCAAGGACAUUCAGAAACUUGGCCCAAAGCCACUCCUGCGUUGUCUUGGCUGUGUGCUUAGGGUCGUUGUCCUGUUGAAAGGUGAACCUUCGCCCCAGUCUGAGGUCCUGAGCGCUCUGGAGCAGGUUUUCAUCAAGGAUCUCUCUGUACUUUGCUUCGUUCAUCUUUGCCUCAAUCCGGACUAGUCUCCCAGUUCCUGCCGCUGAAAAACAUGCUGCCACCACCAUACUUUACCGUAGGGAUGGUGCCAGGUUUCCUCCAGACGUGACGCUUGGCAUUCAGGCCAAAGAGUUCAAUAUUGGUUUCAUCAGAACAGAGAAUGUUGUUUCUCAUGGUCUGAGAGUCCUUUAGGUGCCUUUUGGCAAACUCCAAGCGGGCUGUCAUGUGCCUUUUACUGAGGAGUGGCUUCCGUCUGGCCACUCUACCAUAAAGGCCUGAUUGGUGGAGUGCUGCAGAGAUGGUUGUCCUUCUGGAAGGUUCUCCCAUCUCCACAGAGGAACUCUGGAGCUCUGUCAGAGUGACCAUUGGGUUCUUGGUGACCUCCCUGACCAAGGCCCUUCUCCCCCGAUUGCUCAGUUUGGCCGGGCGGCCAGCUCUAGGAAGAGUCUUGGUGGUUCCAAACUUCUUCCAUUUAAGAAUGAUGGAGGCCGCUGUGUUCUUGGGGACCUUCAAUGCUGCAGAAAUGUUUUGGUACCCUUCCCUAGAUCUGUGCCUCGACAUAAUCCUGUCUCGGAGCUCUACGGACAAUUCCUUCGACCUCAUGGCUUGGGUUUUUGCUCUGACAUGCACUGUCAACUGUGGGACCUUUAUAUAGACAGUUGUGUGCCUUUCCAAAUCCUGUCCAAUCAAUUGAAUUUACCACAGGUGGACUCCAAUCAAGUUGUAGAAACAUCUCAAGGAUGAUCAAUGGAAACAGGAUGCACCUGAGCUCAAUUUCGAGUUUCAUAGCAAAGGGUCUGAAUACUUAUGUAAAUAAGGUAUUUCUGUUUUUAAUUUUUAAUACAUUUUCAAACAUUUCUAAAAACCUGUUUUUCACUUUGUUUUUAUGCGGUAUUGUGUGUAUAUUGCUGAGGAAAAACAUUUAUUUAAUCCAUUUUAGAAUAAGGCUGUAACGUAACAAUAUGUGGAAAAUGGGAAGGGGUCUGAAUUCUUUCCGAAUGCACACUACAUGGAGACUAGCGUGCCAUUUUGGACACACCCUAGUUCUCUGGGGUGAACACCUUGACCCGGGGGGGGGGGGGGUGGGUGCCUGCCUGCCUGCCUGCCUGCCUGCCUGCCUGAGGUGUGUGUGGUGUGUUUUAACAUGCUGUUUAUUGCUAGUUGACAGGAGCUCCGUGGAACUGCAGUGGCUGCUCAACAUGGUCCAGAAUGACCCCGCUCACUACAUCAGGUACUGUGUGUGUGUGUCAGGUAUGUCUGUUGGGUUGGCUGCCUCAUACAUAAAGAUACAUCAUAAUUUAUCUCUCUGGCUUCAGGAUAUGGGGACAUUUUGUCAAAGUCAGCAAGAAAACAGGGUGGUUAUUUAUUUAGUGCUGUGUAAAAACAAGGAAUGUCACAGUGAAUUUAUCAAUUGAUGUAUUUAUGUAUUGUAUACAAAAUGUAUUGAUGAUACUCAAUGCUCAGCAGUUUGAAUCUAAAUACAUGAAUCCUGAUUGUGUCCCAGGAAAGGUGUUUAUGUUAUGGUCUGUCCCAGGAAAGGUGUUAUUGAUGGUCUGUGGCUGUGAAGUAACAGGAUGUUAACCUCCACUUCCUCUAUGUUCAUUCAGACACAAGAUCCUGAGCAUGCUGGGUAAAAACCCUCCCUUCACCAAAGCAGCCGAGUCUCCACUCUGCAACGAGGCUCUGGUUGACCAGCUGUGGAAACUCAUGAACUCAGGUGAGACCUUAGUGCAUCUUAAAUGGCACCCUAUUCCCUAUGUAGUGCACUACGUUGGACCAGAGCCCACAUAAAGCUUCCACAUAGGGCUCUUGUAGCGAAUAGGGUGCCAUUUCAGAUAAGACAUAACUAAUCAAACCUGAUGAGACAUAGUACAGACAGAGACCCCCAGGCCUGGCUAGUCAAACCCCCACCUGGAACUGGUGUGAUAUCCACUCAGGCCUGGCUAGUCAAACCUCCACCUGGAACUUGUGUGAUAUCCACUCAGACCUGGCUAGUCAAACCCCCAACUGGAACUGGUGUGAUAUCCACUCAGGCCUGGCUAGUCAAACCCCCACCUGGAACUGGUGUGAUAUCCACUCAGGCCUGGCUAGUCAAACCCCCACCUGCAACUGGUGUGAUAUCCACUCAGGCCUGGCUAGUCAAACCCCCACCUGGAACUGGUGUGAUAUCCACUCAGGCCUGGCUAGUCAAACCCCCACCUGCAACUGGUGUGAUAUCCACUCAGGCCUGGCUAGUCAAACCCCCACCUGGAACUGGUGUGAUAUCCACUCAGGCCUGGCUAGUCAAACCCCCAACUGGAACUGGUGUGAUAUCCACUCAGGCCUGGCUAGUCAAACCCCCACCUGGAACUGGUGUGAUAUCCACUCAGGCCUGGCUAGUCAAACCCCCACCUGGAACUGGUGUGAUAUCCACUCAGGCCUGGCUAGUCAAACCCCCACCUGGAACUGGUGUGAUAUCCACUCAGGCCUGGCUAGUCAAACCCCCACCUGGAACUGGUGUGAUAUCCACUCAGGCCUAGCUAGUCAAACCCCCAUCUGGCGCUGGUGUGAUAUCCAGCUAGGGACAGAGUUACUGCUAGGGACAGACAGACAAGAGACGGCGAUACUGCCAGAGACGGAGAUACUGCCAGAGACGGAGAUACUGCCAGAGACGGAGCACUGUUCACAAAUCAAAUCCAUAUGUGUAGCUAGCUAACCCCAACAGUCAUUUAUCAAUGUUUGUGAUGGUAAGAGUUGCACAACUGUCUAAUUCGAUGUUUGCACUUUAACCUCAUAGUUAUUGUAUCAUUUAAAAUCCAAAGUGCUGGAGUACAGAGCUAAAACAACAGAAAAUGUGUCACUGUCCCAAUACUUUUGGACCUCCCUGUAUUACAUUAUGUCCAUGGUCCUAACUUCAACUGUCUGUCUCUGACUCAAUAUUACACUACAUGAAGAAACUAGGAACAAGUGUUCUGCGUCAUCACGUUACAUUUACAUCCCCCAGCAGUCUUAUAUAAACCUUGUUUCAAAAGGUGCCAAACGUUGUGAAAGUCUUUCAAAGAGAGAACAGAUUUCUCUAACAGUCGUAAACAUCUGUUUCUCUCCCAGGGAAGAGAAGGAUCAUGUUUUAUAAUGUUUCUAGGUUUUUCCAUGUCUUGGGGGAUAUCGGGGCCUGCCUGCACAGGCCUCAAUACGACUGUGUCCCAAUAUAUAUAUAUAUAUAUAUAUAUAUAGAUAAUAUAUAUAGAUAUAUAUAUAUACACACACACACACACACACACACCCACACACACACACACACACACACACACAAUGGGGGAAAAAAGUAUUUAGUCAGCCACCAAUUGUGCAAGUUCUCCCACUUAAAAAGAUGAGAGGCCUGUAAUUUUCAUCAUAGGUACACGUCAACUAUGACAGACAAAUUGAGGAAAAAAAAUCCAGAAAAUCACAUUGUAGGAUUUUUAAUGAAUUUAUUUGCAAAUUAUGGUGGAAAAUAAGUAUUUGGUCACCUACAAACAAGCAAGAUUUCUGGCUCUCACAGACCUGUAACUUCUUCUUUAAGAGGCUCCUCUGUCCUCCACUCGUUACCUGUAUUAAUGGCACCUGUUUGAACUUGUUAUCAGUAUAAAAGACACCUGUCCACAACCUCAAACAGUCACACUCCAAACUCCACUAUGGCCAAGACCAAAGAGCUGUCAAAGGACACCAGAAACAAAAUUGUAGACCUGCACCAGGCUGGGAAGACUGAAUCUGCAAUAAGUAAGCAGCUUGGUUUGAAGAAAUCAACUGUGGGAGCAAUUAUUAGGAAAUGGAAGACACACUGAUAAUCUCCCUCGAUCUGGGGCUCCACGCAAGAUCUCACCCGUGGGGUCAAAAUGAUCACAAGAACGGUGAGCAAAAAUCCCAGAACCACACGGGGGGACCUAGUGAAUGACCUGCAGAGAGCUGGGACCAAAGUAACAAAGCCUACCAUCAGUAACACACUACGCCGCCAGGGACUCAAAUCAUGCAGUGCCAGACGUGUCCCCCUGCUUAAGCCAGUACAUGUCCAGGCCCGUCUGAAGUUUGCUAGAGUGUAUUUGGAUGAUCCAGAAGAGGAUUGGGAGAAUGUCAUAUGGUCAGAUGAAACCAAAAUAGAACUUUUUGGUAAAAACUCAACUCGUCGUGUUUGGAGGACAAAGAAUGCUGAGUUGCAUCCAAAGAACACCAUACCUACUGUGAAGCAUGGGGGUGGAAACAUCAUGCUUUGGGGCUGUUUUUCUGCAAAGGGACCAGGACGAUGAUCCGUGUAAAGGAAAGAAUGAAUGGGGCCAUGUAUCGUGAGAUUUUGAGUGAAAACCUCCUUCCAUCAGCAAGGGCAUUGAAGAUGAAACGUGGCUGGGUCUUUCAGCAUGACAAUGAUCCCAAACACACCGCCCGGGCAACGAAGGAGUGGCUUCGUAAGAAGCAUUUCAAGGUCCUGGAGUGGCCUAGCCAGUCUCCAGAUCUCAACCCCAUAGAAAAUCUUUGGAGGGAGUUGAAAAUCCGUGUUGCCCAGCGACAGCCCCAAAACAUCACUGCUCUAGAGGAGAUCUGCAUGGAGGAAUGGGCCAAAAUACCAGCAACAGUGUGUGAAAACCUUGUGAAGACUUACAGAAAACGUUUGACCUGUGUCAUUGCCAACAAAGGGUAUAUAACAAAGUAUUGAGAAACUUUUGUUAUUGACCAAAUACUUAUUUUCCACCAUAAUUUGCAAAUAAAUUCAUUAAAAAUCCUACAAUGUGAUUUUCUGGAUUUUGUUUCUCAAUUUGUCUGUAAUAGUUGACGUGUACCUAUGAAGAAAAUUACAGGCCUCUCUCAUCUUUUUAAGUGGGAGAACUUGCACAAUUGGUGGCUGACUAAAUACUUUUUUCCCCCACUGUAUAGUGCACUAUUUAUGACCAGGCCUCUGUGUAUUGCACUAUAUAGGGAAUCAGGUGCCUUUUGGGAUGCAGACCAUGUCUUGGGGACAUGGGUGCCUCCUGGCACAGGCUACAGUUUAGAAUGAGGUCAAACACAGCUGAGAGAGCAUCAGAGAACGCUAACCUGCUCAAACACAGUCUGUCAGGGGUGACCUGGAAACACAGAGCUGGGGGGGUUGAGUCUGAGACAGACAGACAGUGUGGCCAAUGGACAUGUUAUGUGUUGUUGUUGCAUCAAUCCAGUUUGAGUGGUAAGCUGCGCCCCCAACAGAAAUCUGUUACUUGGAAAACGUUUGGAAGAAUUGGCACCUUUUGAAACAAGGUUUAUAUUUGAAUGGACUGCUGGGGGAUGUAGGUGUGAGGAGGCGGAACACUUGUUCUGUUUCUUAUUGUAAGCAUAAUAUUUCAUAUGUUUGAGUGUACUUCUGUGCUCUGAGAUUGGCUGUGACUGUUGGCAGUGUAACGCCACUCUCGUUGCCAACCCAGUUUAUGACUCACAGUAAUAAACUGUUCAUAAUCUGUUGUUAUUUUAUUAUUUCAUGCAACAUAACAUCAGUGAUUACGUUCACGCCACUUAUUAUCACUGGCUUGGCUUGGAAAACAAUUGAGAAAGUCUUGCAAUGAUCUAUUAUGUUAAAUUCAAACCCGUUAAUAUCAGUUAAUCUCUAUUUUAUCAGAUGUUAUGUACAUGAUAACACGAACUAUGACUGGAAACUGAAUAAGAUACUGUAGCUUUAUGCACAAUGGCAUUUCUAGUUUUCUCAAAGCUUUUCUAAGACAAACUAAGACCCUAUUCUUAAACCCCUUCCUCUGAGUUUUUAUGGAUUUAACUUGACACAGUAUCAGUGAUUACAUUCAUGCUAAUGUUAUUACUAUCACUGGCUUGGCUUAAAAAACAAUUGUGAAACUUUACAAUGAUCUGAACAUGACUUUUGUCCAGCUGUAAAGUUGAAUGUGUUUAGACCCUCUCGUUUCACUGUUCCCCCAGGUACGUCUCAUGACUGGCGAUUGCGGUGUGAUGCGGUGAACCUUUACUACACUCUGUUUGGUCUGACGCGCCCCUCCUGCCUGCCCCUGCCCGAGCUGGGCCUGGUACUCAACCUCAAGGAGAAGAAGGCCGUCCUCAACCCCACCAUCAAGCCUGAACAGGGGCCAGGCACCACAGAGAUAACUGGCAACACCAUGGGGGUUCACAUCCCCGUCAUGGGCUUUACUAGCAGUGUAAGGACCCCCUGAUGCUGAUAAUAAUAUAUUUUAGUUGGGACUUGGGCCUUCUUGUGUCUUAGUAAAUCCUCACUAAGAAUCUUUUUGUCAACCUCAUCUGAACUUUGUAAACUAAGGGACAAGAUAAAGCCCCUCCCUCCUCCCCCCCCAUCUCUUCUCAAAAAAAUCCAUCUCUUCCCCCACCCCCGCCCUCUCUCUCUCCCCUCCACCCACUCAUCCCCCAGCUUCCCUACCCCUCUUCCAAUCCAUCCUUCCCUCCCCCUCCUCUUCAUCCCCCUCCAUCUCCUUACUCCCCCUCUCUCCCCUCCAUCUUCCCCCCCCUCCAUCUCUUCCCUCCCCCUCCCCCCUAUAGCUGGAUGAGGGCCUGAUCGCCAUGGAGACAGUGUCCAGCGUGUCUAUGUCCAGUGGUGUCGCCCCACUUCCUCAGGGUCUGAAGAGAAAGUUGGACAGUGGAGUUGGACCACUGGGCUCCUCUCCACCGGAGCCAGGCCAGGUACUGCAGGAAGAGGACAGCAGUAAAAAAUUCAAGAUCAGAGUAAGGAUCUGGAGCGCCGUGGGGAGGCUGGGGGGAUGCGCUUAUACUUGUCUGGGCUUUCACUACAGGCUUUCACCAAUAAUGUGUGUGUGAACCAUUUCAGGCUCCCCUGAGGACUGAAGCAGUGCCACUAUGGACUCUAGUGUGUCUGGCUUAAUCUAGCUCUUUGUUUUAAACUGAUACAAUCUAACUGGUGCAAUCACAAUCUAACUGGUGCAAUCACAUUGCUGAUCGUAUUUGAGUUAACGUGAAUCACUGUGAUUGAACAAUCUUGUGAGGGUGUUGGAUGAUGUUUCAGUUCAACUCCAUGGAGGAGGAUCAGAUCAGAUGGUUAUGACUGAUGAUGAUGAUUCAGUUCAACUCCAUGGAGGAGGAUCAGAUCAGAUGGUUAUAACUGAUGCAGUAUGAAAAAUGUAUGCACUCACUAACUGUAAGUCGCUCUGGAUAAGAGUGUCUGCUAAAUGACUAAAAUGUAAAUGCUGAUGACAUUGUUUCAGUUCAACUCCAUGGGGGAGGAUCAGAUGGUUAUGACUGAUGUUGUUUCAGUUCAACUCCAUGGAGGAGGAUCAGAUCAGAUGGUUAUGACUGAUGAUGAUGAUGAUGAUGUUUCAGUUCAACUCCAUGGAGGAGGAUGAGAUCAGAUGGUUGACUGAUGAUGAUGAUUAAGUUGUUUCAGUUCAACUCCAUGGAGGAGGAUCAGAUCAGAUGGUUAUGGCUGAUGAUGAUGUUUCAGUUCAACUCCAUGCAUGAGAAUCAGAUCAGAUGGUUGACUGAUGAUGAUGUUUCAGUUCAACUCCAUGGAAGAGGAUCAGAUCAGAUGGUUAUGACUGAUGAUGAUGAUGAUAAUGAUUGUUUCAGUUCAACACCAUGGAGGAGGAUGAAAUUGACAUGGAGAGUCCCCAUGACAGUCAGGCGUUCAUCCACCACCACCUCAACAUCCUGGAGAGGCCUUCCACACCAGGUCAGCACCCCAUCAAUCAUUGUCCUGCAAUUAUCAUACUUGUUCACACCUGGGGUUGAUUCAUGCUUUCAGACAAUCCUAAGAAAUGAUUCAUUUUUGAAGAACAUAACAGACUUCUAGAUGAUUUGCAUUCAGUAUUUUAAAUCUGUCUCUUCCGGUCUCCUCUCUCCCUUCCUCAGGUAAGGAACCUCCAGUCGUGGACCAGGCUGUCCUCUCCCUGCCUGUCACCCCCUUACCUUCCUUCAGCAAAGAGUCCACUUCUUCCUCCAAACACAGCACUGACCACCACCACCACCACCACCACGAGCACAAGAAGAAGAAGAAGAAGAAGCACAAACACAAGCACAAGCACAAGCACGACAGUAAAGACAAGGACAAGGAGAGGGACUCCCAUGCCUUCAGUAACAGCCCUGCUAGUGGACGCUCCAUGAGGUCUCCAUCCAUGUCUGACUAG